GUCUAUACUAUCUGUCUGGAUAUACACCAAGGCUCGGCAUGAGCCCUCCACAACAAUACCCGGCUGCUUGGAGGAGGUCACCGUCGCAACCGGACGCUGUCAACAACAAGAGCUUGUCCGUCUCGCCCGGAUCACGAGAGGGCCAGAGAUCCCCGCUGCGAUGAUACCUCCGCCGGUUCCACUCUGCUUGGGACGAUGAUACGAUUACACGAUAGGCGAAGAUUGGUUUGGCCGCUGACCAACAGGCGGAGGUCUUGUCCGUUGGACGGACGCCAUACAAUGGAGCCGACUCCUUGCAACAUGAUAGGCCUAACGAGCAGACCAACACACCCUGAUAAUUUGGCUGCGAUCCCCUAUUUGCUUUCGCAGCUUGCUAGGAGGAGCAGGUCGCCACCGACCAUCGUGAACCACCUAUCGACGAACCAAGAGGUACCCAUUAGAGAAGUCAAGUGUAAGCUAUUCGCCGAGGACAGCACAACAGAACUGCAGAAUUUCAUAGUGACAAGGCCGAUGGAGGAUUCGCAAAGGCCGGCAGCAUGGCCUGCGUCCACCGGUGAUUGGCUCCGGCGCACUCCCGCACUCAACUCGGGGCUGGAUCGCUUGAAACCAGUCGUGUCGCACGUCUCGACACCCUCUCCGCUGCCCUGCAUCCCUGGUUUCCCUCCUCUGGGCGCCAAUAUCCCGCCGUGUCUUCACUGGUGCUUCGUUGGACACCAGGGACUACCAAGACUCAACCACCACGGCACCACUGCGCUUCAUCACUUCACCAGUCUCCAUAUGGGAAUUGGCUCGCAAGACUGGGGGGAACUCGGGGGUGCUACGGAGCGUCCUUCCUACUUACCUUUCGGCGUUGGCGUCCCCUCAGAUUAAUUAACACGGCGACGCCAGUCUGAGCCCAAGGCACAUCUAACGUGGAGAGGGCGUUCACCGUCACUUUGCGCAUCGUGGAUCAUCCCGGCUGGGCCUCACCCCUUCUAGAGCCUCUUUGCCUUCUUUGGCACAUCUCGAGCCAAUCACCUACAUUGUCAUUUCGAGCCGCCUUUUGACUUUUCUCUGCCUGUAAGAGGCGCUAUGUGACAC